AUGCAAAAUGGUACUUUUAUUGCCACUGGAUCAGGUCCCCCCACUGUAAUAGUCAUAAGUAAGCGUAAUUUAUACUGAAAAAUUUUAGAGGUAAAGUAGAUGGUACCUGACUGAAAAUAAGAAACUUCUGAAUGACUUUGGUCAAAAAAGAACCCCAUAGAGCCCUCACUAAAGUCGCGACUCUCACGUUUACAUUCCACAACAGACUCUAGCAAGACAACAAAGAAGCCGCCCACUGUAUAUAACAUUUCAUUGUGUCAUUCCGUACUUACAAGCUAUCUUCCGUUAGCGACUUUCGUGAAUGGCUUAAAAUUCUAUUAUUCAACCCAUUUUCAGCUCCUCCAAAAAUGGUGAUUGAUUUUACAUCGCCGACGUCGUUACGACAAUUCAAACUCGAAAUCGACGGCCGAAUUCUAUAUGUAAAUGCGCACUAUCUGGCAGAGAUAUCGCCCUAUUUUCAAGCACUAUGCUUUGCCAACUUCCGAGAACACGAGGACAACAAAGUGGAACUAAAAGGAGUCGAAUACGAAGACAUGCUAGAAGUCCUACGGUGUGUGUGCCCUGAUGAGAACUUUGAGUUCGAUCAGAGGAUCAGCGGUAAGUGCUUUCGUCAUUAUUGAACUUCAACUUUUAGCUCAAAACCUGCCUGCACUAAUAUACUUGUCAAGUCGACUAUUACUUCAAAAUCUUCGCCGAGAGCUCGAAUCGAUAUUACAAUCGAAUCCACAACCUCUCCUAGACGACCCUGAGGUCUCAACAGAGAAUUUGGUGAUCAUUUUGGGUGAGGCUAUGACCGCAGAGUUCUCGGAGACUGCGAUUUGUCAGAUGUGUCGACGUUUGGGCAAGAGGAAUAAAGAAGAGGCAUUCAAGCAGGUCGAGAAGCUCUUUCCUGCUGAAUUUGCCGCCAAAUUGACGGAAAAACUACAAAGUUAUGUAAGUCCCUGCUUUAUCGACCAUUUUCUGUAAAAAAAAUCCAUCUUUCGUACUAAAAUGAUGUUGCUCUUGAUGGUGAUGUAAAAAUUUAUGUAAAUCUUCUGUUUUCAGUACUAUCAACAGCCUCUAGUGUGUCUAAAAGGGACUCCACAUAACUGGAACGACGGUGUGUACAUGCGACUCUUCUUUUGA